GCCGCCCCUGCCCGCCCCCUGCUCCUGGCGCGGCGCUGUCUGCGCGCUGCUGGCUGAGCUGCGCGGCUGUGCGCAGCGCGGAGUUUGCUUUGUGCCCGCGGUCGCGGCAGGACGGCCCGCAGCCAUGGAAGAGUUAAUAGUGGAGCUGCGACUGUUUCUUGAACUUCUGGACCAUGAAUAUCUGACUUCCACUGUCAGAGAGAAGAAGGCAGUAAUAACUAACAUUCUCCUGAGGAUACAGUCAUCUAAAGGUUUUGAAAUAAAAGAACAUGUGCAGAAACCAGAAGUUGCCAACAGCCUGCCAGCACCUCCUCAAAUGCCUCUGCCAGAAAUACCUCAGCAGUGGCUGCCACCAGAUAAUGGGCCUCCACCUUUACCGACAUCUUCCCUUCCAGAAGGCUAUUAUGAAGAGGCAGUGCCACUUAGUCCUGGGAAGGCUCCUGAAUAUAUCACUUCCAAUUAUGACUCAGAUGCUAUGAGCAGCUCUUAUGAAUCCUAUGAUGAAGAGGAAGAGGAUGGAAAGGGGAAGAAAAUGAGACAUCAGUGGCCUUCUGAGGAGGCCUCUAUGGAUCUGGUGAAGGAUGCCAAAAUUUGUGCCUUCCUACUUAGAAAGAAACGAUUCGGGCAAUGGACCAAACUACUGUGUGUUAUCAAAGAAAACAAACUACUGUGUUACAAAAGUUCUAAGGACCAGCAGCCCCAGAUGGAGCUGCUCCUGAAUGACUGCAGCAUCACCUACAUCCCCAAAGACAGCAAAAAGAAGAAACACGAGCUGAAAAUCUCGCACCAAGGAGCGGAUGCACUAGUUCUGGCAGUACAGAGCAAAGAGCAGGCAGAGCAGUGGCUAAAGGUAAUAAAAGAUGUGUGCAACAACUGCACGGGCACUGUGGACUCUGACGGGCCAUUGUCUAGUUCUCCGGUACACAAGACAGAGCUGGAAAAGAAGUUGUCAUCUGAGAGACCAAGUUCAGAUGGGGAGGGUGCUGCGGAAAAUGGCAUCACCACAGUGUGCAAUGGAAAAGAACAAGUGAAGAGGAAAAAAAGUUCAAAAACAGAAGCCAAGGGCACUGUGACUAAAGUAACAGGGAAAAAGAUAACGAAGAUCAUUGGUUUAGGAAAGAAAAAGCCAUCAACAGAUGAACAGACCUCAUCAGCUGAAGAAGAUGUUCCAACAUGUGGAUAUCUCAAUGUGCUCUCAAAUAACCGUUGGCGUGAGCGCUGGUGCCGAGUGAAAGACAAUAAACUCAUUUUCCACAAGGACAGGACAGAUCUGAAGACACAUAUUGUUUCUAUCCCUCUCCGUGGAUGUGAAGUCAUCCCAGGACUGGAUUCAAAGCAUCCCCUGACCUUCCGGCUGCUUCGAAAUGGGCAGGAGGUUGCUGUGCUUGAGGCAUCUUCCUCUGAAGACAUGGGCAGAUGGAUAGGGAUGUUGCUUGCAGAAACGGGAUCUUCGACAGACCCUGGAGCUCUGCACUAUGACUACAUCGAUGUGGAAAUGACAGCAAGUGUCAUCCAGGCUGCAAAACAGACCUUCUGUUUUAUGAACAGGCGAGUUAUAUCCACAAAUCCAUACCGGGGAAGCACUGCCAAUGGCUAUGCAUGUCCGAGUGGAAUGGCACUUCAUUACGAUGAUGUUCCCUGCAUAAAUGGAUCGUGGGAACCAGAAGAUGGCUUUCCUUCUUCUCGUAGCAGGAACAUGGGAGAAGAAAUGCUUUAUGAUAACGCAGGCCUGUACGAUAACUUGCCGUCUCCAAAAAUCUUUGCGCGCUAUCCGCCAGCUGACAGGAAAACCAAUAGGUUAUCUACUGACAAACUCUCCUCUAACCAUUACAAACACCCUGUCUCAUCCAAUCUGUCUUCUGCUCAGUCUGUCACUAAUACCUCUGCUGUGGGGAGGGGAUCUGUCUCGCAGUUUAAAGGCAAGAAGCCUCCUGCAACUUCUAACGGGAUCACUGGAAAAGUGAGAACAUUAAAUAGCCAACCGAAGAAACCUGACUCAGUGUCAUGUGUGAAGCGCACAGCAUCCAAUGCAGAACAGUACAAAUAUGGUAAGAAUCGUGUGGAGGCUGAUGCAAAGAGGCUACAGAGCAAAGAAGAGGAACUGCUAAAGAGGAAAGAAGCGCUGCGGAAUAGGCUGGCCCAGCUCCGAAAAGAAAGGAAAGAUCUACGUGCUGCCAUUGAAGUGAAUGCUGGCAGGAAGACCCAAGUGAUUCUUGAAGACAAGUUAAAGAAGCUGGAAGAGGAAUGUAAAACAAAGGAGGCUGAGCGUGUAAACCUGGAGCUAGAACUGACUGAGGUGAAAGAGAGCCUUAAGAAAGCCCUGGCUGGUGGCAUCACACUGGGCUUGGCUAUUGAGCCCAAGUCAGGAACAUCAAGUCCACAGUCCCCAAUUUUCAAGCACCGAACUUUGGAAAACUCUCCAAUCUCCAGUUGUGAUACCAGUGACACCGAAUGCUCCAUACCUGUGAACAGUGCAGCAGCUCUGAAGCGACCUCCCUCAUCGAAUAGUUCUCCAUGUCGGGGGCAUGUACUUCGAAAAGCAAAGAUAGUGCAACCCAAGCUGUGCUCAGCCCAUUCGCCAGGAGCAGCAGCCAAAUCCUGCCAUCAGUUAUGAGUGAGCCCAGGCCUUAUAGAUGUGGCUAAACAAAAGGAGUCACACGAAUGGGAGAUGAAGAAUGGAACAUAAGUACAGCAAAACCACUCACUUUCCAUAAAGGCUUUGCCUAUUAUGGACCACAACAUAGGCUGCAAAGGACUCUUCCGGUGUAUCAAGCGAUACAACAUAAGAGGUUUUAUAAUUCUGUUAAGUUAAUGGUAGCUUGGCGCUAAUUUGCCUGUAUUCCCUCUACUGUAUUGCUGUGUAACUACAUGUGCCCCUUUUUAUUACCUGUAACUCUUUAUUUCCAGCUUCACUGGUAACACAAAUGAAAACCAAAAAGCAAACCAACCAUAGUAAGUAAAAAGAGGCAUAUAGUUGCAAUUGAAAGUUUACUUUGCUGAAACAGUACAGACCAGCAAUGUGAAUUACAUUGCAUCAGAUGGCCUGAACAGCACUGAAGACUGGUGCAUUAUUUAAGACAGAUGUGAACUCAUUUCAGAUAAGUACUCUUGCAGGUAACACUGCUUUGGAGAGCUCUGCAUGCCACAAGUGAGGCCACGUUGCUAUUAGCGGUCCAUGUGGCAAAAAAAAACUGAAGAAAUGGCUUCACAUGAAUGGCAUGACUUGCUUGGACUGGGAAGUGGGGAAUUCGUCACUGCUACUGCCUUGAUGGCAGUGAGAGACAGUGGAAUGACACAACUCAGCUGUGAAGAGUUUUUGGAUGCUUUUUAAGAUAGAUUUUUGUCAUUGGGAAAUAAAAAGCUUCCACACAUUGGAAAAAAUAGAUUUUAGUACAUUAGCUUUAUUCUGAGGCACCAGUCAUUUUCAAAAGUCUUGUUGUCUAGCAGUGAUUCAUUUCUGAUUUUGUUAGAAGGCAAACAGGUAUUUUUAGAUAUUACUUCUUUUCUAUACUUUUUGAAAAAGAAAAAGAAAUGUAAUUGAAAUUAAUCCUCAACAGAUAAUGGCAACUCAGAAUAGCUUUUGAGGUCUGUCGUGUUUUUUUUUUUUAAAUAUAGUAUUGUUAAACUUGAGUUAUAGAACACUGCUGUACUUCAUUUUCUUCAUCUUUUCAGACCUCAGCUGUUAUUUUUGAGGAAGACAAGACUGAAAGGAUGAUAAUUUUAAGUCUUUUUUAUAAACAUUUUUACAAAGAAUUGGGGAUUUUCUCAGACAGAAGUUGGAUUUCUAGGAAACAGUAUCUUGUAUUUUAGUCUGUGACAUUGUAGACGUGUUCAUCUUUGUCUCUAUCCGUGUCACUCCUGUGAAAUUACAUGCAUUAAACUGCCAGCUGAAGCCUUUCAAAAUCUCAAGAUUGGCAUAAGACAGAGAGAAGAAAACAACAUGUAACAAGUUGGGGUUUUUAUUCUCUGUGUCUUUUUUUUUUUUUUUUUUAAGCUUUUGGAGAGCCUUCAGUCAUGUUCUCAAGAUUUUUCUCCUCAACUGUGAAGAUUAAAAAACUAAUUUAAGAAAAUUUGAAAUAGUACUCAUAUUUUGAGAUAAUUGGAAAAGUUAGGGCUGGAAUCUUGAUAGAUGGUUAGGACUUGCAAUUCAAAAUCGCAGAAGCUGGCAAUGCAAUAGUUAUCAAGGAUGGCAGAUCUCUUUAUGGCCCAGGCCCACAGGUUGCCUCUUCCCUUUAGGAAGAACUGUAAGUCCUGAAGCCUACACAGGUUGUGACAGCUGAUGUGGUUAGCUGAGCAUUCAGCUCAUUCCUGACCUGCAUCAGAGGCACUCCUGUAGGAGCUGUUUGGAUCAGUAAACCCAGGGCCCCAGCGCUGAGCUGUCAGAAAGUCUCGACACACGGCAGCUCGCUCCAGUCAGGCCACCGUGAAUGCCAAGUGCUUUUGAAAAGUAGGUCCAUAGCAGUCCAUAUCCAAGGGCUAAAUCCUGUUCCCAAAUGCAGUUAGGGAUCUAACUGACCUUAGCAGAGGAGAAAAGAAACGGGGCUCAAAAUUAGAGAAGGCUCUUUGCUUCUUGGGACUGUGCUUUGCACAAGGAGCCACGAGAAUGCGAAUAUAAUGGGAAACACAUAUCAAAGUGGUUCUCUGUGAAACCAGGAUAUAUAUAUAUAUUUUAUAUUAGUUUAGGUCUGCUUACUUACUGACUCUGUAAGUGGAGAGUACAUCCCAUACUGUAUGACUAUGGACUAAGCAGUAUCAAGUUCCCAUAAAUUUUAGCAAAAAUAAAUUUGAAAGAAAAGUAAGUUCAUUUAGGCUUUUUAUUUCAAAUUAAGUUAUUUAUUUGUAUAUUUCAAUAAAUAUUUAUUUUAUAUCUGUACAUAUUUAUGAUGAAAUUAGGCUUCUAGUCAACAUUUGCAAGGAUGGAACAGUUGCCAUUAAGUGGUCCCACGUCAAGUAACGCAGAGUAAUCAAAAGUAAUCAAAUUCAAUUCCUUUGAGUCAAUCUUAUUUACCCAAUAUUGGUGUUGUAUCUUCCAUACCCUUUCACCUGUCCUCCUGCAAAGGGUCCUUAAAGCCAUUCCCCCUCCCCUGUUACCCCAUACUGUAAUUGUAUGUUUCUAAUGUCUAAGUGCAUUGGUAACACUGCAAUUAUCCUUUAUCUAUUCUGUAUAAUAGCCAAGGUUUUGAAAGGAUGAAACAACAGCAAACAACAACUCUGGAAAUAACUUCUUGAUAGACCACAUCCAGUGCUGUGAAAUACAUUCCAUUUUGUCUAACAGUACUGUUGCAGUGCGAUUUAUAUGAAAAGCAACAGAGCUUGUAUUUUCCAUGUUUUUAUGAUUUCAGGAUCACCAGACAAAGUCAGCAAUAGAGCAGUAUGACUUUUUAAAUGGAAAAAUAUUGUAUCUUAAACCAUUGCAUUUCUGUGUCUUUUGACAAGAUGUUAUACUCGUGCUUCCUCAAACUCUUGUUACUGUACCAGGUGCUUUGAAAUUUUUUUUAAUAAAUAGGUGAUGAUUUUUUAAAGGCAACAUCAUAAUCUUGGGGAUCAAAUGUGGGUUUUUUUAAUGAGAUGAUUGUGGUAAUUUGAUUUUUCAGAGGGAGAGUACUUAAUUUACUAUCUUUUUUUUUUUUUUUUUUUUUUUUUUUUUCAUUUAAGACACUUUCAAACUAAUUGGCCCAGGCUGUGUGUUGUAAGAUAAUGUUCUCAUAUUAAGAAUGUAAUUAUUUCCUUAUUGUAUUUUUUAAAAACAAAAUCAUAUUUAAAAAUCUCUGUGAAAAAAAGCAUGAAAGAAACAUGAAAAAAAGUUUUUGUUUUAUUUUUGUUAUUGGAUAUGUUGGCAGUGCCCGUUAUAAUUGACUGUAAAUAUAGUCUUUCUACUGUAUUUCUCAACGUAUUUAAUUUUGUCUUUUGGCACACAUUCAUAGAAACUUCUGUUUAAAAAGAAAAAAAAAAGUUCAAAACAGACCCACCUACAAAUGUGUGUCUUAGUAGCUUCAACUAACUUUAUGCCUUUCUAGUUUAUUCUUCAGAAAGUCUUGCAGAGUGUGAAAAAAAGACAGGCACCUGGUAGGUGCGACAGAUCCAAGACCAUUAUUAAUAAAGUUACGUGUCAUAAA